AUGCAUAUGAAAAAAAAGAAGGCUGAAAAAGAGAAAGUAAAUUACAAAACCCUAUAUGCUUCUUUUGUUAUUUAAAUUAAGAUAUUUAUGGAUGAUGAGAUGGUUCACAUCAAUUAGUCAUUUUAAUAUAUUGUCAUUAUACUUUCCUCAUUUUAACAAUUGAGUUUUGCUUUUGAAAAUUACUUCUUCUAAAACUAAGAGCAUAGUGGAUUCAAGAAUUUUUUUUUGAAUAUUUCAACAUUCACAAGACCAUAUGUGAUGUUGCCUAAGAAUUUUGGAGAUUUUUCAUUUAUAAUUCCUUUGACACUUUUACUUGCAUACGAAGCCAUAAUUUUCUAUAUUUUCAUUUGUUUUGCGAGAAGCAAGAAACAAAAGAGGAUGUCCGAGAUACUCCAGCAAUAAAAUAGAUUAUUUUAAAUUAUAUUGAAAGUCUAUUCUUAUAAACAGGCAUUGCUAUACUAUUUAAUUUUGAUCCCUUAGUUGGAAUUAAUAACAUCAUCAAUUCAAUAUUAUUCUUAAGAAGAAAACUUAAAUUUAGUUGCCUUACCAAUAUCAAUCAUAUCUUUUAUUUUGAUAAUUUUGAAUUUGAUUUUUUACUUAUUUUGCAUUCAACAAUCCAGCCAUAUCAAGGUGAGAAAUUUGAAUAUGUUAUCGUAAUCCUUUAAUCAUUUUUUGAACCCAAUCUUUUCAAUUCUAAUUUUAUGCCUUAAUCAAUUCGAAAACAACAGCAAAUCAUUAAGAUUUUACUUGAUUGUAACAAUUUUAUUGGUAAAGUCGGCAUUUAACAUUUAUAGCAUCUUUGCAACAUUUCAAAACCUUUAUAAACGAUGCAUUAUUGAGUUGUUCUCAGAAUGUUUUUAAUUUUCAAUGUCCUUAAUAUUAGUGUUCAUUCAAUUAUCGUAAUUUAAGUCUGAAUAUAAAGAUUAUGAGACUGCCUUGAUUCUCAUAAUUAUACCAAUUGCAACCCUAAUUCCCAUAAUCCUAUAUAAUAAUCUCCAUUACAGUAUCAUCCUAAAUAACAAUCAAAUGAUGGCUAGUUAGUUGAUGCUGUACAAAAUUGGUUCAAUAAUUGAUGAGUUUGGAGAUGUAAAACAUUCUUACUUACACGAUAAUCGCAAAAUAAUACAAAUUAUUUACUUCAAGUAAAUUCAUUUACAGCAUUGUUAAACACCAAAAUGUUUGUGUACUCAACAAUAAUUAACUUUUGAGUAAAUUAUAAAUCUAUAUUUAAAAGAUUAAGUCAACUAUUUUAACCUAACUAUAAAUAAGCUUAAGUAAUAAUAAAUUAAAUAAUUAUAUUUUUUACACUAUUUAUCUCUAAUCCAUUAUUUAGGAUUAAGUACUAGAGCAUUUUAAUAAUCAAAUAUUGUAGUCUAUCAAGAGAGUGAAAAUUUUUCAUCUCAGUUCAGCAAAGUGUUAGUUGGAAAACCUGGAAGUCAAAAGGCUGGAUCUAGCAAUAGUUUAGACCAACAGAACAGCUCUGCUUAAAAAUCAAAAGUUGAUAGCAAACCAGAUGAAAUGAUUCACAUCAAAAUCCAGAAUAUAGGAUUCAUAUACAAAUAGAGACUGGUCUUAAUGCAAGAAUUGAUCAAGAAGACUAUGAGUACUGGAUUGGGUAAAUAGAGCAAUUAAAUACUAUCUGACAAUCUUGAACAUGCUGUUAAACUAUUUUUAAGAUCAGAAGACAGUAAUAAGAAAUUGAAAAAUAAGAUCAUCAAAAUGAUCAAUAAAAAGAAGGAUUUCUUUGUUAAUUUAACUUUACUAAACUCUAGUUUUAAUUUAUUUAAUUCUGCUAAGUAAAUGAUUCUGAAAUUAACAGAACUUGAAGAUGAACUACUACGAUUAUACUUCUAAUUUCCAAGUAGGAAAAUGCAAGCACUCAAUACUUUUUAUUAAUCAGAAGUAAUGAAUAAUUAUUUUUAAGCCUACAAAUUAGCUACCGUUACUUCGAUUUCAGAUGAAAAACUAUUUAAAAUGUAAUCUUAAAUUAGUUUUGAUAUGUUUUCAAGCAAAUUGGAUUACAUAAUUGUAGGGUUUGAUGAAAAAUCACAUAAAUUAUAAAUCCGAUAAUGUUCCAAUUAGAUCCAUGAUUUCUUUGGAUAUAAUUAAGAAAAGUUUAAGUUAAUUAAAACUAUUGAUCACCUACUUCCAAAUAAUUUUGAUUCAAUCCAUUAAAAAUUUGUUUAACAUUUUCUCUAAUCAGGUCAUUCAAAUUUCUAUCGUUAAAUAAACCAGAAUUAUUGCAGAUAUCAAUAGAAAUAUAUAAAGUCCAUUGAUUUCUUCUUUGAUAUCAAUGUAAGCAAUCUGGAGGAUUUAACAUUUGCUUGCUUUUUCUAAAAUAAAGAUAACCAAAAUGCUUUUAUGUUUUGUUGUAAUAAUAACAAAAUUUAGAGUAUUAGCAAAAACUUUAUAAGUAAAAUAGGGUAUCCAAUUAAAUUAAUCGCAACAUUAAUGGAAGCACUUAACAAAUAGCCAUUAUCAAAAAUCUUUCCUAAAUUGUAAACUGUUAUGGAAAUGAAUGCUACUAAAUUUUCAUAUGAAAAUGAGGAUUAUGAAUAAGAUGUAAUGGAUUAGAGUGAGUACUAAAUCCAUAUGAUUUUACCAGAGAUCGAUAGUUUGCUUAAGAAUUAAAAGUACAAUUGGGAUGUUGAAACAAAUUGUUAAUAGUUUGUUGUAGACGCAGUAUUUCAUUAUAGAAAGUUGAAAUAAGAUACAUCCAGCAAUUAUGUAAUAAUAGAGAUUAGAGAGGCUAAAAGAUACAUGAAGAGCUUUAGCACACCAUAACAAACUGAAAAUGUUACUCCAACACCAGGAGCAUCUUAAACUUACUAUUAGGAUAAUUUAGAGGAUUUUGAAGAUUUGGAAUUUUUUGAAUAAGAUGAAUUUUAUGCUAAUAUUCCAAGAGCAUUGGAAUUUGAUUAAACACAAAAUCAGAAUUAACUAAUGAAUUUUGAAUAGGAUUAAUCAGAGAGUGAUGCUUAAUUUGGUGUAAGGGCAUUUAGAAAUUAGAAGAAUUAAAGUUAGUCAUUUUAUCCAAAUGUUUCUUUAGUGAGCCCUAAGGAUGCAGGUUAAAAAUUGAUAGAUGCCAAGUCUAAUGAAGGAGGAUUAUAUGAAAGCAAUAGUCGAAGAAAUCAUGAUGCUAGAUAGUAAUUUUUUUCAGCAGUUGAUUAAAAGGAUGUUUCAUCGAAUGCAGAGGAUCAAAGUAUAAAUGAUAAUGAGAAAGAAAUUAAACAUUAAAAUUAGAUUGAUAAAUUAUAAUUAGAAGAUAUUGAUCAAGAAUUACAAGAGAAUAUAAAAAUGUAAAUGUAAUUAGAAGAAUAGGAUCAAAAUGUUAUUUAAAUUGAUGAUAUUGGAUCAUAAGUAAGUUCAGUUGCAGCAUUUAAAAAGUCAAAAUAUUCUAAAAAAUAUGAUUUGAUAUAGAAAUUGGUCACUUCUGAGAAAUUCUCAUAGCAUUACUAUUUGGCUAGAAUAUUCUUAACAAUUUUGUUUGUGUUGUUCAUAGUUUUUUCAAUCGUUUAAAUGAUAUUUUCAUCUGAUGAUUUGAAUAGAUUUCUGUAAGAACUGGACAUGGUUCAAAUAAAAUCGAAUAUAGUAGCUCCAAUUGAUAAUUACAUAGUGGCUUAAAAUGCAGUUAUGAAUUAUGCUAUUUUGAGUAUGAUUGGACUGAUGAACGCAUCGACUGCAGCUAUAAAGUUAGAAUAUUCAAAAAAUGAUAUAAGUUACAAUUACGAAGAGUUGAAGGCUAGUUAUAUAAAGCAAUUAUCAAAUUAAUACUUAAAUCCUUUUUUUUAGGAUAAAAAUUUUACUAUAAUGCAAUCUGAGUAAACAACUACAUCUGAUAGAAACGUAUCAGCAAGAGAGGCAAUUUAUCUUUCAUUGGAAGCAGCAUAUUAAUUUGUAUUGUUAGAUUAUUUAAACAUAUUUACUUCUUUGGAUCCUACAUCUGGGUUUUUUGUGUAUCUAUUUGGAAAUUAUCAGACAUUUUAUGAUUAAUUAACUAUAGUCAAUUAGGAUAUGUUGUCUUAUUCGGUGCAGAGAUCAAAGACUGUAAAGGAUAAAUGGAUGUCUUUGAUGAUUCCUACAUUGAUCAUCGGUUUUCUGUUAUUGCUAAUAGUUGUUAAAUUCCAUGGUUUUUACUUACAAUAGUAUGAUCAAUUUAUUCAGCUGUUUUCCAUGUUGGAAUUAGUAUGGGUUUAAAGAGACAUUGAUAGAUACAAAGGCAUAUCCUCUUUAGUAAUCAAAGAUUCUGAUGUUUUGUUCAAAUAUCAAUUUGAUAUUGAUUUGAAAGAGAAGUUCUUAGCUGCUGAAGAUAUAAGAAAGGAAAAGAUAGCUUAAAAUUAGAAGGCACAUAAAUCAAAACAAAAAGCCACCAAUUUAAGUUUUGAUCAGAAAUCUACAAAAUUACCUUCACUAGUAGUAUAUUCAACCAUUUACGCAUUGUGCUUUGGGUUAUGUUUCGUAUCGACAUCUUUGGGAGAAUCAUAUUUUGCCAAAUAUCCAGAUACCACAAAUUUCUUCAACACCUUAUGUGAUGUCAGUAUUGCUUCAACUGGAGUUUUUAGCUUAAGACAAAUCAUAUAUGUUGCGUCUCCGAAAGAUUAAUAAGCCUUCUUUUUUAUUAAAGAUACUGCUUAUUUUAUUAAAACAUUCUUCGAGCACAUCGAUACGAUAAAUGAAUUUCUGGCUUAGAUGUCAGAAUUUGAUCCAUCUACUUUGAUAACAUCUGAUGCAUUCAUAAAUAAGAUCGAAUCACUUAUGCAAAAUGAUGUUUGUGAGUUUCUUCCAGAAUUUAAAAAAGAGAGUGCUUAGAUACAUUGUGAUGCCGUUUAUGAUGGUGUUGUUAGAAGGGGAUUUCAACUCUCCUUAAACACUGUUAGGAAUGAAUUACUUAAUGAAUAUAAGAAUUCUCAAAAUUUUAGUGUUUAGUAAUAUUCACUUAAUGAAUAACUUGAGAUUGGACUCAUCAGUUAUGAUGCUGUUUCGAAUAUCAAGGCAUAAUUUUAGGAUGAACUAGUGCGAUUUACGAAUAACCUAAUUGAUUCAAUAUUGAUCAUCAACAUUUGUGCAAUCAUAUUUUAUUUAUUAUCAAUUGUAAUGAUGUAUCACUUGGUUACAUAAAUGUACUACCAGGAAUUUAAGUUAGUACUUAAGUUUAUAUUGUUGAUGCCAUAGACUUCACUGUUUCUAGACAAUCAACUUGAUAGAACUUUGAAAUAAAUAAUAAUUAAGCAUAAUUUAACUUGA